AUGUAAGAAACAAUUUAGUUGAAACCGGUGACAUAGAAGAAAAAUAAAAGCAAUUUUUUAUUGGAAAUGAAUGAGAAAGAUAAAGAAAUCAAUAAUCAAAUUAUUAAGAACAUGAAUAAGAGAGUUAAUUAUCUAAAGAAUCCUCGAUUCAAAAUUAACAAAGCACCGGUAUUAUUUUCAUACAUCAAUACAAAGCAAGUAAGUUUAAUUUGAAUUUAAUUAGGAUAUUGUUGUAGAUAAAGAUUAAAUAACAUCUUUUAGAGUAUUUCCAAAAUAAUUGGUAUUUAGAGAGUAUAUGUUGAAUGGUAUGUAUGAAAUAGAUUUAUAUGUUACUAAUGCUACUGGGACUUUGUAGAGAAUUAAAGUGUUACCUCCAGAAAAGUGAGUUAUUUAAUAUUAUUUUAGAAAGGAGUUUCAGAUAGCUGAAAUUAAAUAUCCAACGAAAGAGGAUGGAUUUAUAGCUCCAGGGAUGAGUGCAAUAUUAAAGGUUAGAUUUAAUCCAUCUUCAUUGGCAGAGUUUGAUGAUACAAUAGCCGUAAUAACAGAAGAUCAUAUUUUAAAAGUUCCAUUAUUAGCAAGAAAGGAACCACCUUAAUUAGAUUUACCAUCAUAAUUAGAUUGUUAGAGUUGUUGGAUAGGUGAUUAAGUAGAAACAAGAUUUGUAGUUAAANUAGAUGGAUCUAAGAAAUCUUAUAAAUCCUUAGAAAAUGCAAUUGCAUUGUCCUUUGAUGAACGUGAUAGUUUAUUGAUAUGUUUUGCUCCUACUCCAGAUAGAGAGGCAUUUGGAACUACUAUUAAGACUAAAGUUGAGGAGUUUAUGGGAAAAUAUUAAAGAAAAUGGUAAUAUAAAUAAUUGGAUGCAUCUUAUAGAGCAAUAGAAAAUGUGAUUGAAAUGAUAAAUAAUUCAGAUGAUCUUGAUUUUGUUGUAUUUGGUUCAAAUGGAUAUAGAGCAUAAUUAGAAAAUAAGACAUUUUUUGGUUCAACAGCUGAUGAAUUAUUAAAAAAGGCAAAGGCAAAUAUUAUAAUGGUACCUUGA